GGAUUUAUUCGAAUUGGUACAAAACACAAAAAGAUAUGGCCUAAAUAUGGCUCAGGUACUCAACUCAAUGAUCCCCUCCCACCUUUUGGGACAAAACUCUAACUUCCGCCUGGGUAUUUCGUUCACAAAUGAGUGAGAGGGAUGCCUUCCCGGCGACUUGUUGAAUCUUCUGGAUUUAUACAAAAAAGAAUGUUAAUUUUUAUUUUAGAAUAUUUAGAAUUUACACAUUUUAUGUCGACAAUUACAGAAGCCGCACGAGUUAAAAAUGGAAUACCAUCUCUUAAUUAUGUUUGUUUUGCCGAUUUUCCUGACCAAGUGUUUAGAAGAUGCUUAAAAAAUGGAUUUGAAUUCUCUUUGAUGGUUGUUGGUCAGUCUGGUUUGGGUAAAUCAACUUUUCUUAAUACACUUUUUAUGGCUGAACUUCUUGAUCUGAAACACGAAGAAUCUUCGAAGAUAAAAUCAACAGUGAGUAUUGAAAGCAAAACUUUUCGCCUUACCGAGAAUGAUGUCAGAUUGAAGCUCACUGUUGUGGACACUCCCGGAUUUGGAGAUUUUGUUGAUAAUUCUAAUUGUUGGGAGCCUAUAGUUAAAUACAUUGAUGACCGCUUUGCUGAUUAUUUGGCAGAAGAGACGAAAAUUGAUCGAUCUGCCAGAAUUGAAGAUAAACGAGUUCAUCUGUGUAUUUACUUUAUUCCACCCAAUGGACAUGGCCUCAAACAAUUAGAUAUAGCUUUUAUGCAAGCUCUCCAGGAUCGGGUUAAUAUCGUUCCAGUUAUUGCCAAGGCAGACACACUUACUCCUGCUGAACUUGAAGAUUUUAAACAUCAGCCACCCAAUUUUGAUUAUGAACAACAGCAUUUGGAUGUUAAUGGCUGGAGGGAAUUAUCAACAAAUGGUAGAGCACAAUCACAACAGAAUGCCGGCGAUUCUGCCCAACUUGACUCGUCCAAACGAUUUCCAUUUGCAAUUGUUGGGUCUACACACGUCAAAGAAAUUUUGGUUGGCUGUGAACAACGAGCUACUAAGCAAAGGGUUAGAGUUCGUGAAUAUCCUUGGGGUAUAGUGGAAGUUGACAAUUUGGGACAUAACGACUUUGUUGCGCUUCGUGAUAUGAUUAUUCGAAAUUUGAUUGAUCUUAUCGAAAACUACCGAAUGCGUAACUUACCUCAAAGUGUUCUAGACUCCGAUCCUUGCUCACAAUUGGAGAAGGAAAUUUUUACGCGACAAAUUGAAGCGGAAAAUGCGCUCCGGAAGAAGGAAGAUUUGUUCAAUGAGGAUGUCGCUAUUCGAGAGCAGAGGCUUAAAGAGAGAACAUUGGCGAUUGAUGCGGCGAUGGAGAAUAAUCGAAAGGCAUUAGAGGAAAAACAUUCAUUUUUAGCUAAACUUAAGCAAGAGAUAGCUGAUGCUAAAAAAUCAUCAAUCAUCGCUCUUGAAGAAGAUAAUUUGUCUAGCAAUAUCAGUAAUAACAACAACAGCAACAUCAAUUCACGCAAGAAUACUUUACCACCGGACUUGCCAGCAUCAUUAGCAAAACCUGCUAAAAUUCCACGACUUAAUUCUUCUAUCGCUCCAUUGCCUGUUGUUAAUAAUAAUGAUAUUAAUCUUUGUAAAGGAAUUUCUCAACAAAAUUUGGAAGGUUCUCCUUCAUUUUUUACUACAAAACCUUCAUCAAGACUUGGACUUGUUUUGCACAAAGCUGAAGUCGAAGGACGUGAUUAUCAGCAAAAGAAUACUCCAAAACAACAACAGACGAGUGAUGCUGUUAAUAACGUUGCUCAAUGUAGUUUUAUUGAGAAAUUUGUCCGUAAUCAGGAUGUAAUUGCUGUUAAGUGGCAGGAGCGUAAUCAAGAUCGUGAGAUUCGUGAUGAUCUUACACGAAGAAUACAAGAACGGGAUAAACAAAUACGGGAUCGCAAGAUAAGUGCAGAAGAAAAAGAGAAUCGAAAAGCUAAAAAGGAAAAGCGGGCAUUGAAGAAAACUAAUAAAAAUAGUGCUGAUGUUAAACGUGAAACUCCUGAUAUAACAAUUAUUAAUUUGGACUCAACAUCGAAUUUAAUCACUCCGAAUGAAGGAAAUAAUACUAUUUUGGCUGGCAAUAACAAUACUAAUGGCAGUAACACUUCACGAAAAAAUAUUUUACCAACCGACUUGCCAGCUCCAACACCAAAACCUGCUAAAAUUCCUCGACUUAAUCCUUCUAUUGCUCCAUUACCUGCUGCUGUUAACACUAAUAUUUAUCCUUCUAAAGGAAUUUCUCAACAAAAUUUGGAAAGUUCUCCUUCAUUUUUUACUACAAAACCUUCGUCAAAACUUGGACUUGUUUUGUACAAAGCUGAAGUCGAAGGACGUAAUUAUCAGCAAAAGAUUACAUUACAACUGCAACAGGUGAAUGAUACUCAAUCUAGUAUUGUUGACAACUUCGUCAGUAAUAAGGAUGGGAUUUCAUCAGUCAAGCGGCAUGAAUAUAAUCAAGAUCGUGAACUUCGUGAAGAUCUUACUCGAAAAAUACAAGAACGGGAUAAACAAAUACGGGAUCGAACAGAAUCGUUAUUUUAA